AUGUCGACGAACAGCCCACGAAAGUCAAUUGACAGCCUAGCCUCUGGGGUCUCGUCACCUUCACUUUCCUAUUCAACCAGCCAGUUGGAAUCUCCUCGCGUGCCACCUCAGCGAUUUCCCCUGAGGAGGGGAUCAACCGCGAGCUCGAUAGCCAGCAUUGGAGGCGUUUUGGACUCUUCCCAUCAUCAUAACUCAAUCGCGGAGUCCGACCAGAAUGCCAUUUCAACCCUCCUCCAGCCUCCGAUCAUUCGCACCGGUCUGACAGCCCAGAGUGCCACAUCGGCCACCGGCUUCAAACCCCCAUCCUCCCGCGACAUCCCACCGGUUACUCUGACGAACAUAACCCGUGUCGAUCCAAAAGUCUUCCAACCGUAUCUUUCGCAGGUAGGGACUCUGUACGAUGUAUUCCAACGGCCAAAAGAGGGCGGGGAAGAUCCCCAACCGGCGCAGAUGGCCAAGUCCCCGAAACCAGAUUCCGAACGAGAUUCAUUAAUGCCAUGGUCCCCCGAACGGAGGUCUUCGGUCAUGUCUAUCAAUUCGAGGUCAUCUUCGCCAUAUGACACCCGGGGACGACGUCCUUCCACCGGCCGUGGACGCGCUCCCGCAGUGACACCUCUGUCUACAAUACCCCCCGUUUAUUUUGAAGAAGGAUUUCAUCUCGAGAAUCCCCGCACAUUUGACGUGAUAUCGGAGAAAUCUGAUGUGGUUAGGCCACCACGACCACCGACAAAGGAUGACAAUCAUACCAAUGGUCUGGUCCCCGAGCCAGCACAGACAGGAAGGAAGGCAUUGGCGACAAAUGCUAUUCUUCAAGAGAAGUUGUCUUGGUACAUGGAUACUGUUGAAAUCCAUCUCAUCUCCUCCAUCUCCACAGCCUCCAAAUCGUUUUUCACGGCCCUAGGGUCACUCCGGGAGUUGCAUGCAGAAGCAGCUGAUUCCGUCAACCGGAUUCAAGUCUUGAGACGAGAUCUGCAAAAGAUUGACAAAGAAAUGGCUCUCGGUGGUCUGAAGAUCGUCAACUUGAGACGACGACGAGAAAACGUCCGAAUGUUGGCAGCUGCGGUAGCGCAACUCCGUGACGUGGUCGAGUCGGUAUCUCGUUGUGAGGAGCUUGUGGAGCAAGGCGACAUUGAAGAAGCUGCUGAAGGCCUCGAAGAGGUCGAGAAACUGAUGGCUGGCGACAAGGUCUCAGAUCGCGCCCCUGCAGAGGAAGAGGACGGCUCACCCAGGCGUCUCAUUGACCUCAGGGGAAUCAAAGCACUGGAAGGGGCAUCUGAUGAUCUCGCGCAAUUGCGUCAGCGUAUUGGUAUGGGCUAUGAAACUCGUUUCUUGAACGAUCUUUUGGGAGACUUGCGCCAGCACGUCCAGAAUGUGCCGUCUGAUAAUACUCUGCAGCGCUGGGGAACUUCAUUCCAGCGGCAAAGGGGCGUCAGACCAGUAUCAAUCUCGCCCGCCUAUAUGAGCUUCAAUAGUGAGUUGCGGUCGCAGUUGGACACCCAACUCAAUGGGCUUGCACGUGCUCGCUAUACUAUGCCAGCGGCGACUUCGUUCAAGACCGCGGUUCUACGAGAAAUGAAGGGCCUGAUUCGCAAGCAUCUUCCUAGCUCUAGUGAUGACGAUAAUGAAUCUAUGGUGUCGCUGUCAACGCACGGCGGACACCAGCUAAGCCAGCAAGAAAAGUCUUCGAUUCUAGCCCGCAAUCUCCGCGUUCUUGAACCCGAGGAUGCCUAUACGAUGCUUAUGAAUGUUUACACCGGGAUCAGCGAGUCACUUCGACGCUUGAGCGUUCAAGUCAAAAUCCUCCUGGAUAUUGCGAGUGGUCUGGGCGAUUCCCCAACUUCUGGUGUUCGGUCCCCACCCCGAAGCCCCAACCCGCAAAGCAUGGAUCAAGCCUUGAGAUCUCCACAGGCUGGACCAACAGCCGAGGACUUGGCUCAAGAUGAGAUCCUACAGGUUUUGGACAUGUCCAGUCUACUUGGUCAAGCGGUUGAUAUUGCCCAGGCUCAGAUCACCAAGGUGUUGAAGGUUCGAUCCGAACAGACGACACAGCUUUCGAAAGAAGAUUUCCUCAACUACUUCACACUCAAUCGACUUUUUGCCGACGAGUGCGAGGCUAUAUCGGGGCGCGGUGGUACCGCACUCAAGACCAUCGUCGGCAAUCAAAUCCGCGAUUUCAUUACCCGCUUUGGCGAUGGCCAGCGCCAUCAAAUUGUCAAGGUCAUGGACGCUGAUCGAUGGGACGCACAAGACUUUGGGGAUGCUGAGACCACUAUAUUGUCACGAAUCUUGGAUGCCAGCACCAAGGACAUUGAUGCUUGGCUGGAUGCAUCUAAAAUAUGGAACCAUGUCGAGAAGAACGAACCAGGUGAAACCGGCGACACUGAUGAGGCCGCCAACGGGACCGACAAGUCCAAGGUGCGCAGUGCCAUUGUCGACGAGCAAAAAUACAUCCUGCCAGAUUCUGCUGUGGCGAUGAUGCGCAGUAUUGAGGAGUUCGAGUUCCUCAUGUCGAACUUCCCCACCAUGAUUCAAGAUAUUGCGCCUCACCUACUCGACAUCCUUAAAUUGUUCAAUUCUCGCUCAUCCCAGUUGAUUCUCGGAGCUGGUGCAACACGCAGUGCAGGCUUGAAGAAUAUCACCACGAAGCACUUGGCAUUGUCUUCGCAGGCACUGAGUUUUGUCAUUGCGCUGGUGCCCUACGUGCGUGAAUUUGUUCGUCGCUCGGGCCAAGCCAACUCCCUGAUGGCCGAGUUCGACAAAGUCAAACGUUUGUGCCAGGAACACCAAAGUGGGAUCCACGAGAAACUGGUGGAUAUUAUGAGCGGACGCUCUUCCAUCCAUGUCAACGCGAUGAAAAAGAUCGACUGGGAUGCCAAGGGCUCAUCCCCAGCGGUCAACCCGUACAUGGAGACCUUGGCUAAAGAGACGGGUACUCUGCACCGUGUUUUGAGCAAGCAUCUCCCCGACAUGACGCUCGGUAUGAUUAUGGUUCCUGUAUUCAACAGCUAUAGUGAUCAGUGGACCAAGGCCUUCGAGGAGGCCAACGUGGAGACGGACACCGGAAAAAAGAGGAUGCUGGCAGAUGUUGAACACUUCCGAACCAAGCUAAGCAAGAUUGACGGCGCCAGUAAUGUGGGCGACAAGCUUCUUGAAGUGGUGCAAGCUAAGCCCGUUGCCAACGAAUCGGAGAAACCCGAACCGGCAAGUGAGACGGCGGCACAGGAAAGCUCUGAAUCGAGCCAAUCUUGA